UGGAGUGGAUCUUCCGUGCUGUGUGUAAUCCCAGCCCUCUCUCCUCUCCGCUCUGCAUGUUCAGUCGUCCGCCAUGGCGAACAUGAGACGGAAUUUCCCAGGAUCAACGACCAGCACCUUCAAGUCACUGGGGCUCAGGAGCUGCUAAUGCGACGGCGGUGGAUGUAAUCUACAACACAAGCAGCUGGGAAUAUAAUACAGAUCGAUUGGCUCCCCGCGUUGCACGGAAAGAGGGUGGGGCACCAUGGUGGAGCCUGACCCGAAGGCGUCGGCCGCGGGCCCGCGCCUCGGCGCCCCGGUGACCCUGGGGAUCAGCACCCUGGACCCGGGGCUCCGCCCCCCCGCCAUGCCGGCCGGGCGCCGCGUCACGGUGCGCGUCCGCAUGCUGGACGACUCCGAGGAGCUCUUCGACGUCUCGAUAAGAGCGCCGGGCAAGGUGCUGUUCGACCUGGUGUGCACCCACAUGAACCUGAUCGAGGGGGACUACUUCGGCCUGGAGUUCCAGGACCACCACAAGAUGACGGUGUGGCUGGAUCUCAUCAAGCCUCUCAUGAAGCAGCUCCGACGACCCAAACACACGGUGCUGCGCUUCGUGGUCAAGUUCUACCCCCCGGACCCCGCCCAGCUACUGGAGGAACUGACCCGGUACCUCUUCGCCCUCCAGCUGAAGCAGGACCUCUCCGCCGGACGCCUGACCUGCAACGAUAGUAGCUCCGCCCUCAUGGUCUCCCACGUUGUCCAAUCGGAGAUCGGGGACUUCGAGGGCAGCCAGAGCCGGUCCCACCUCCUCAACAACAACUACAUUCCAGACCAGAUGGCCCUGAUGGACCGCAUCAUGGAGUUCCACUCCAAGAACACUGGGCAGACGCCGGCGGAGUCGGACUACCAGCUGCUGGAGGUGGCGCGCCGGCUGGAGAUGUACGGCGUCCGACAGCACCCUGCCAAGGACCGGGAGGGCACCCAGCUGAGCCUGGCCGCGUCCCACACGGGGGUGUUGGUCUUUCAGGGACACACGCGGAUCAACGCCUUCAACUGGUCCAAAGUACGCAAGCUGAGCUUCAAGAGGAAACGCUUCCUCAUCAAGCUGAGAGCCGACCUGAACAGUUCGUACCAGGACACCCUGGAGUUCCUCAUGGGGAGCCGGGACUGCUGCAAGGUGUUCUGGAAGAUCUGCGUGGAGUACCACGCCUUCUUCCGUCUCUUCGAGGAGCCCAAGCCCAAACCCAAGCCCGUCCUCUUCACUCGCGGCUCCUCCUUCAGAUUCAGCGGGCGCACGCAGAAGCAGGUUAUCGACUACGUGAAGGAGUCGGAGUUUAAGAAGAUCCCGUUUGAAAGGAAACACAGCCGGGUCCAACAUGUCUGCCGGCUGUCCCCCGUGCCUUCGCCGCGGAGGCAGGAGGUGCCCUCAGAGCAGAGAGGCGCCCCCUGUGGCAGAGUGGACUCCCCGCCCCAGCGCCACUGGAAGGAAUCAGCGCUGGUGACCGCAGAAGACCCCACCCCCUCCUCCCCCCGGACGCGGGCCAGCCCCGCAGUGAGCCUGAGGAACGGCCGCGAGGACCCCCGGACCACGCCCCCCCCCGGAGGGGCCCGCCCCCAGCCGGAGGAGCCCAGCAGGCCCCGCCCCCACCACCCGGAUCCUCUGAACACAGGUGGGGGGGUCGUGUCCGGCGGCCCCCACCCGGCGGCGUCCCCGGGCGCCCCCCGCCCCCACGCGCUCCUCAACGGCCAGAAGCAGUCCCUGGACCUCUGCGGCCUCAGCCCCGACGGGCGCCAGCCCUCGCCCCUCACCAGCCCGCUGCUCUACGACGCUGGCUGCGUGCGCACGGACGACGAAGACGAGGUCCGCAGGAAGAGGUUCCCCAACGACCGCGCCUACUUCAUCGCCAAGGAGCUGCUGACCACAGAGAGAACCUACCUGAAGGACCUGGAGGUGGUCAGCGUGUCCUUCCAGGCGGCGGUGGCGGUGGACGAGGCCGCCCCGGAGCCCCUCAGGACCUCCCUGUUCUCCAACUUCGAGCCGCUCUACAAGUUCCACAGCAGCUUCCUCCGCGACCUGGAGCAGAGGGUGGCUCUCUGGGAGGGCCGGUCCAACGCCCACAUCAAAGGAGAGCACCAGCACAUCGGAGACGUCAUGCUGAAGAACAUCCAGGGGCUAAAGCCCUUGACAGCUAACCUCCAGCGCCAGGCGGAGGCCCUGGUGGAUCUGGACCAGGCGUGCCGGGCCUCCCGUCGGCUGCAGGACGUGUGCCGGGACUUUGAGCUGCAGAAGGUGUGCUACGUCCCCCUCAACGUGUUCCUGCUGCGCCCGCUGCACCGCCUCACGCACUACAAGCAGAUCCUGGAGCGCUUCUGCAAGCACUACCCGCCCACGCACGGGGACUUCAGGGACUGCCGAGCGGCUCUCGCGGACGUGACGGAGGUGGUGGAGCAGCUAAGGGGCAGCAUGCUGAAGAUGGAGAACUUCCAGAAGCUCCUGGAGCUCAAGAAGGACCUCAUCGGCAUCGACAACCUGGUCAUCCCUGGACGGGAGUUCAUCCGGUUAGGUUGUCUCAGCAAGCUGUCGGGAAAAGGCCUCCAGCAGCGCAUGUUUUUCUUGUUCAAUGAUGUCAUUUUGUACACGAGUCGUGGGAUGACGGCAACCAACCAGUUCAAAGUUCACGGCCAGCUGCCACUCCAUGGCAUGACGAUCAGGGAGAGCGAGGACGAGUGGGGCGUGCCCAACGCCUUCACUCUGAUUGGUCAGCAGCAGUCGGUGGUGGUGGCCGCCAGCUCCCUGUCGGAGAUGGAGAAGUGGAUGGAAGACAUUAAGAUGGCGAUCGACCUGGCAGCCGAGACCAGCAACGGACCGGCCUCAGACGUCCUCAGCGUCGACAACAAAUUCCCAGAGGACUCGUCGGCGGAGGCGGAGUCUGAGGACGACUUGGCGGCGCCCCGCGGCCCCCCGGAGAAGCCGCCCCCCCACCGUGCUAACACCACGGUGCACGUGUGCUGGCACCGCAACACCAGCGUGUCCAUGCUGGACUUUAGCCUAGCUGUGGAGAACCAGCUGUCAGGGAACCUCCUGAGGAAGUUCAAGAACAGCAACGGCUGGCAGAAGCUGUGGGUGGUCUUCACCAACUUCAGCCUCUUCUUCUACAAGACCCACCAGGACGACUACCCCCUGGCCAGCCUGCCCCUGUUGGGAUACUCCGUCACGGUGCCGAGCGAGGCGGAGAACAUCCACAAGGACUACGUCUUCAAGCUGCACUUCAAGUCCCACGUGUACUACUUCCGCUCCGAGAGCGAGUACACCUUCGAAAGGUGGAUGGAGGUCAUCCGCAGCGCCACCGUUCCUUCCAGCAGAACCCGGAUCCAGAACCGGAAGAACGAGACCAUUCCUCACUGAGCCAACCCACUACCCCCAAACCACCUCUCUCUCCGUCUUUCUGUCUCUCUCUCUCUCUGUCUUUCUGUCUCUCUCUCUCUCUGUCUUUCUGUCUCUCUCU